UGGUGGGCUAAUAUUCGUGGGAGUAGGAAAUACCUUAUAAAAUUUGCACCAAACCAAAUAUUUUAUCAUGUAGUUCUGCCUUUGCUGAUGAAAUAAAUAUAUAUGUAAUCUCUCUCCCUCACUAUCUACGUUCAAAGGCUUCUGUAUAAUAGUAUCUAAAGCACUUAGGUUCAAAGGCUUCUCCCUCACUAUCGACGUUAUGUCUUUACAGCGCCGUGAUGAUCAUCUGACCAAAACCAUAAGCGACGCACCAGGUAAACUGGCACGAUGUCUCCCAUCCAAAGUUAAAGAACUUUUAAGAAAGAAAUGUCUUUCAGAUUCAUUCUGGAACAAGAUGAUUGUAAUUUCAUGUGUUAUUGCAAUUUCCCUAGAUCCCUUGUUCUUAUACAUUCCAUUCAUCGAUGAGGGAAAGAGAUGCCUUGGAAUGGACAAAAGGUUGUGGGAUGUGGCUCUGAUUUUGCGAUCUCUAACGGAUAUCACUUUCGUGGUGGAUAUUGGAUAUCAAAUCUAUGAAGGGCUUAAUCAAGCCUACAAGGAGAUCAACGGAAGGAAGUCGGACUGGCAAAAGGAUUGGCAACCGACGUUAAUAAGAAGAGAUGAGAUAAUUCCAUUUGCUAAGAUUUUCGCUCGGGAUUUGACGUGGCGUCCUUUGGUGACUGACCUUCUCUCUGCUUUUCCCAUGCCACAACUUCUAAUGAAAGUUUUUUUCAAAAUGUGGUGGUCGGGAUAUUCAGAACCGAGAAAGGUUGUCAACUUUUUUCUUCUCAUCCAAUAUCUGCCAAGAAUUUAUCGAAUUAUCUUAGCUUCUUCCGAACUUACAAGGACCAUCAGAAUACCGAUCAAAGCUAUAUUCAAUUUCUUUUUAUACAUUCUUGCUAGCCAUGUUAUUGGAGCCUUUUGGUACUUCUAUUCCAUUGAACGAGAGACCCUCUGUUGGCACCAGGCUUGUCAAAAUCAAAUAGAUCCCGAGAGAUGCAUGAGUACCUUUUAUUGUGAUCAUGACAAUUCUGCCCAACCAAAUAUUACAUUUUUUGAUGAACAUUGCAACAUAGAUGUUCCAUACAAUGCUACAGAGCCGUUUAAGUAUGGAAUAUUUCUUGAUUCCCUUAAGUCUGGUAUUGCGGGGAAUAAACAUUUUCCAACAAAGUUAUGCUACUCCUUCUGGUGGGGUCUGAGAAAUUUGAGCAACUUUGGCACGAAUCUCGCGACAAGUAGUUCUCUGUGGGAAAACUUGUUUGCAAUUCAAAUUUCUAUCACUGGCUUGCUAUUAUUUGUAUAUCUCAUUGGAAAUGUUCAGACAUUCAUUCAGAUGAGAACCACACAAUCUGAGGAAAUUAGGAAGAAGAUUGAAUUUAAAAAAGAAGCGACAGACAUGUGGAUGGAGAAAAAUGCCAUUCCUGAUGAUAAAAGGAAGGAAAUCAGGAAAAUGAUAAAAAGAAGCGACAGACACCUGGAAGGGGACAAAGAUGCUGUUUUGGAGAAUCUAUUCAAUGUUGUUCCCGGUUAUAUGCAAAAAUUCCUAAAGCAUUUUCUCUGCAUGAAAAUUCUAAAAGAGGUUGAUCUCCUUCAACUUAUGGAUGACAGUGUGCUGAAAAUGAUGUGCGACUGUCUGAAGCCAGUGACGUACGCGGUAGAUCACAUCAUAUUUCCAAAGGAGCACCCAAUUGACCGCAUGCUUCUCAUUAUAAAAGGCACUGUAUUGACCUACAGCAUAACUCCUAUUCCUAGCCUUACACCUGGUGAAGAAACAACAAAAGAUUCUGGUGCUGCCCCAUCAAUGGCCACCAAGCAACUUGGGAAAGGUGGUGUUUAUGGAGAAGAGCUUCUGACGUGGGCAUCGCCCGAGAAAACUGGGAUUGACAACCUUCCUACCAGCAACGAAUAUGUGAAAUGUCAUACAAAAGUAGAAGGCUUUGUUCUCUCAGCCCAGGACUUGCUAAAGGUAGUCUCCAAAUCCAAACAGUUGUGGAAGUUAAACAUAGGCCCUUGAUCUCCCUCGCAACUUCUACAGCGGCUGGUCCGGGACAUUAUGUACGGAUAUCCAGUUUUUAUUUACUUGUGUUUUUGAGUGCUUGUAUCGUACUUAUGCCGUAAACUGCUUCCAUAAAGAAGGAAGAAGAACAUCAACUUGAAAUUAAAUCUUGUAUGUCGUAAACAGUUUGAGGUUUAUAUUGCAAGGUUUGCAUGCUUUUUAAUUUAA